AUGUCUGACCAGCGAUCCUACUGCAUUCAUUGCCGACGCCAAUUCGACUCGGUGGGCCAACUCAACACACACUUCUCGAAUGCGCAUAAGGAGAGCUUGCACUGCGAACAAUGUGGUCUUUGGUUCCGCUAUGCUACCAAUUUGACUCAGCAUCUGGCAUCCCCAGUCCAUAAUGAGCGCAACCUCCCAUGUCCUCAUUGCUCCGAGGUCUUCAAGACGACAUCUGGAGUGGCCCAUCACUUGGAGUACAAGUGUCUUAGAAAAGUUACAGAGGCCGUCAUCAAGUGGGACACAGACCACCAAAUCACCGACAGAGUUUAUACUAAUCGUAUCCGCGAAGUCUCCGAGGACGGUACCGACUAUGAUGACGAUAUUCUCUUCUCCCAUCACACUACAGCGAUGCAGCAGAUCCUCGACGUGCUCGCCACUGAAGAGACCUGGAAUGCCACAGUCGACGCAUACGUAUGCCCCUGGCGACUUGCGAGCGUCAAUUCGCCAAGCUUCCGCAUCUAA